CCUCCUCAUCUCCGGUGUCAAACUUGACAUCAGUCUCCGAGCCGAGAAUGGUAACUUGUGUCGGAAUCGGCGAUCCCGCAUCAGUGGCAUGCUUUAUGGAGUUAUAUACCUCUCUUUUCCCUCUGAACCACCGUCAUGGACUGCAAACCCUCUGUCCUUUUUCUUAUCCUCUUCGCGCUCGUUUGCCAAGGACAUCUGACUAACCAUCACUCUAAUGAAGUUAACCUGCUUGAUUCCAAAGCAAGCCAGGGGGAGCUGGGGUGGAUCUCCUACCCGUCACAUGGGUGGGAAGAGAUCAGCGGUGUGGACGAACACUACACACCAAUCCGCACCUUCCAGGUGUGCAACGUCAUGGAGUACAGCCAGAACAACUGGCUGCGGACCAACUGGAUCUCUCGGAACUCCGCCCAGAAGAUUUACGUGGAGCUCAAGUUCACCCUGAGGGACUGUAACAGCAUCCCCUUGGUCUUGGGGACCUGCAAGGAGACUUUCAACCUCUACUACAUGGAGACGGAGGAGGACCAGGGUGACCAGUUCUGGGAGCACCAGUUCUCCAAGAUCGACACCAUCGCGGCCGACGAGAGCUUCACGCAGACGGACCUGGGCGACCGCAUCCUCAAGCUGAACACCGAGGUGCGGGAGGUGGGGCCCAUUGCCCGAAAGGGCUUCUACCUGGCCUUCCAGGACGUGGGGGCCUGCGUGGCGCUGGUGUCGGUGCGGGUGUACUUUAAGAAGUGCCCGUUCACGGUCAGGAACCUGGCCACGUUCCCUGACACGGUGCCCACCGACUCCCAGGCCCUGGUGGAGGUCCGGGGGUCCUGCGUCAAUAACUCCAGGGAGGCGGAGCCUCCGAGGAUGUACUGCAGCACGGAGGGGGAGUGGCUUGUGCCUAUUGGAAAAUGCCUGUGUGACAUCGGCCAUGAACCACGGGGGGCCACCUGCCAAGUCUGCAGGCCUGGCUUCUAUAAGUCUUCUCCUGGGAACCUGCGGUGCUCAAAGUGCCCUCCCCACAGCUAUACCCUCCAGGAGGGCUCUGCCCACUGCAGCUGUGAGAAGAACUUCUUCCGCUCUGAGGCAGACCCCACCUCUAUGGCCUGCACCCAGCCGCCGUCCGCCCCCCGAAACGUAAUCUCAGUCAUCAACGAGACCUCGGUCAUCCUGGACUGGGGCUGGCCGGCUGACUCUGGCGGAAGGAAGGACGUGACCUUUAACGUGCUGUGCAAGCGGUGCUGGGCGGGGCAGCGGCAGUGCGAGGCCUGCAGGGGGGCAGUGCGUUUCUUGCCCCGCCCCGCUGGGCUCAGCAACACCACGGUGACCGUCACCGACCUGCUGGCGCACACAAACUACACCUUCGAGAUCGAGGCACUGAACGGAGUCUCUGCCCUGGUGCCCUCCCAGCGUCAGUUCGCCGCUGUCUCCAUAACAACAAACCAAGCAGCUCCGUCGGCAGUGGCAGUGAUCAGGAAGGACCGGACAUCGCGGAACAGCAUCUCCUUGUCCUGGCUGGAGCCUGAGAGGCCCAACGGCAUCAUCCUGGACUACGAGGUCAAGUUCUACGAGAAGCAGGAGCAAGAGACAAGUUAUACUAUCCUGAGGGCAAAAGGCACCAAUGUUACUCUAAACGGGCUGAAACCGGACACGGUCUACCUGCUGCAGAUACGCGCUCGCACUGCUGCUGGGUAUGGAGCCAGCAGCCGGAAGUUUGAGUUUGAGACCAGUCCCGACUCCUUCUCCAUCUCCAGUGAGAACAGCCAGGUGGUGCUGAUAGCCAUUUCCUCGGCUGUAGCCAUUAUCCUCCUGUCGGUGGUGGUGUACCUGCUCCUGGGCAGGUUUUGUGGGUACAGUAAAUCAAAACACCCAGAUGAAAAAAGACUUCCCUUUGGUAAUGGCCACUUGAGACUUCCAGGGAUCCGGACCUAUGUGGACCCACACACUUACGAGGACCCAAGUCAGGCCAUCCAUGAAUUUGCCAGAGAACUGGACGCCUCUUGCAUAGCUAUCGACAAGGUGGUCGGGGCAGGUGAGUUUGGGGAGGUGUGCAGCGGCCGUCUGAAGCAGCCCUCAAAGAAAGAGACCUGCGUGGCGAUCAAAACCCUCAAGGCGGGAUACACGGAAACACAGAGGCGGGACUUCCUGAGCGAGGCCAGCAUCAUGGGACAGUUUGACCACCCCAAUAUCAUUAGGUUGGAGGGCGUGGUCACUCGCAGUAAACCGGUCAUGAUCGUGACAGAAUACAUGGACAAUGGAUCCUUGGAUAGCUUCUUGCGAAGGCAUGAUGCCCAGUUCACGGUGAUCCAGCUGGUGGGCAUGCUGCGUGGCAUCGCCUCGGGCAUGAAGUACCUCUCGGACAUGGGCUACGUCCACCGGGACCUGGCCGCCCGCAACAUCCUGGUCAACAGCAACCUGGUGUGCAAGGUGUCCGAUUUCGGCCUGUCCCGGGUGCUGGAGGACGACCCCGAGGCCGCCUACACAACAAGAGGAGGUAAAAUUCCAAUCAGGUGGACUGCGCCAGAAGCCAUUGCCUACCGGAAGUUCACCUCAGCCAGUGAUGCCUGGAGUUACGGCAUUGUGGUGUGGGAGGUGAUGUCCUAUGGAGAGAGGCCUUACUGGGAAAUGUCCAAUCAGGAUGUGAUCAAGGCAGUGGACGAGGGGUACCGCCUGCCCCCUCCUAUGGACUGCCCUGCAGCCCUGUAUCAGCUGAUGCUCGAUUGCUGGCAGAAAGACCGCAACAACCGGCCCAAGUUUGACCACAUAGUAAGCAUCCUGGACAAGCUGAUCCGGAACCCCAGCAGCCUGAAGAUCAUUGCCAACGCCCCCAGCCCAGAAAACAUGCUCUUGGACAGGACGGGUGCUGACAUUGCCACUUUUUGCUCCAUGGGUGACUGGCUAGAGAGCAUGCAGACGUUGCCUUGCAAAGACAUCUUCAACGGGGCCAGCUACAGCUCCUGCAACACCCUGGCCAAGACCUCUACAGAAAUCUACCUGGCUGAGGUAAGGCCUGCAGCCACUUGCCCUGAAUGGGAGACGGCCAUGGGAAUCACAACACUUUAACUCCAGAGGGGACUUCAAACAGGUUGGCGUGACGAUCCUAGGUCCACAGAAGAAGAUUGUGAGCAGUAUCACGGCACUUGAAACACACGCAAAGAAUGGCCCGGUUCCCGUCUGAACGUAUGUACAGAGAAACCAUUGUCUCCGCCGCGUCAAAAAGACGAGAAUUCAACAAAGGGGGAGAGGGAGGGGUGGGGCGAGUGGGGGGAUAGGAUGGUACAAAUUGAAAAUGCUGAGAUGAAAUGACAAAGUCAGAGGCAACAUCUCGGGAGAGCAAAGAAGGACAGGGACUCUGGGGGGCUGGUGGUGUACGAGAAGAAAACAGCUUUCUGCUGAUGAUGGGUUGCCGUAUAAAGGAUUAAAGACAGCAAGACAUUACUCUGAGGAUCAGAAAGCCCCUUUCAGCACCAUGGGCUGGGAGCGGGGUAUUUCUACGGUUCCUGGAAGUGCCCAAGAAGCAAAGAGGACUUGGCAUUUGUGCGAGCAUUAGCGGCUUGCAGAAACAUCAAGCAAAAAUGCACCAUUAUUCAGGUGUUUACCUCUGAAGGCUUCUGACUCAUGAUGAAGGAGAUUUUUAACACCUAUACCAUCGCAUAGCAAUAAACUGCUGCCUUGGCUGGAAACAGAACCAAGAUUUGACGGUAAAUGAACUGCAGGAAGCAGGCUGAGUCACACGCUUCCUGGGGAUCUGUAUGACAUCAGCAGAGAUCCACCUCUACUGCUCACUCGGCGCUUUUGACUUAGUCCACGUGUACACGGAGUAAACUCGAUAAAAUUUUCUCCAACCGACUGCCUGUGGUUUAUGACUCACUUGAUUCAUGACAAGUCAUGGUCUUUCUUCCUGGGGUUAUAGCUGAAGUGUCCCUACAAAUAGGUUUCAGGCUCUCAAAUCCUUCUGUCGUUUUAGCAUAAGGGAGGAUUUCUGUAGGACAUGGCCAUUGACAGAAUAUUUUUAAUAGAUUUUUUCUUUUAAUAGAUUAAUUACUUUUAGAGAGUACUGAAUAUUUCAACAAGUUAAGAACAAACACCUUCACAACAAACACAAACACCUUCUCCCUUCCCACUCACAGGUUCUGAGCAAAAACAAUAAACUAAAACAACAAACUAAAAUAUCAAAGACAAAAGAAAACGGAACUGAGUAGCAAGCUGAAAAGCUUUUCAGCAAACCAGCUCUUCCAGCUUUUCAGCGACGGUUUACUUUCUUUUUUGUGCGUGGACAAACAGAACUCAAACACUUGCUCUCUCGGCAUGUGCUCCCGGUCAUAGCCGCAAAUUGUGGAGAGGAACACACCUUUAAGCACCUGGGCUGAUUAGUUAAUACCACCCAGGUGUGUGUGCUCUCUCCACCAGCCGGCGUGGCUGAGUCAAAUCCGCUUCUCCAGCGGACUGAAUAUCACACCGUCUUAUGCAUCAAAAAAGCAGAAGUAGUUUAUUUUUUAUAACUGCCAAUUCUAGCUGAUAAAUGAGACGCUGUACAUCUUCCUGUUAAAAUAAUGCAAAGGCAAUAUAAAGUGCUGUUCAUGCACCACUAACACAGAAAAAAGCACAGUCAGCCAUAGUUUCGAUGAGGCAGAGAACUGAAGGUGUUUUGGAUCUAGACUUUUGAAAAAUAUAUGUGGAAAUCCAACCACUGACUAAGCAUUAUGUUCUUUUGUUUAUUUGACUGAAAACAAGUUUGCACAUAUUUUUACCUCCUCAGUAAAUCCUCAUGUUGUAAACAAAAGGUUCUUCCCUUGCUUAAUAGUUAUAAUAAAAUAUCUGAUGUAGAAUACAUAUUUCCUAAAUAGCUCUUAAAUUAUUAUUGUAAUUCAAAGAUGUGCAAUGAGGAGGUAUGCUUUCAUUUACCAGAUAUUAAUGUGACUCGGAACUAAUUCUAAUUCUACGAAGAAUUAGUUACAAAACCUGGUAUUCCUAGUCUUGCGAUAGAAAGAGGGCACCAGGGAGCCCUUAUUAAAUCACAUACAAACUCUUAUUAAAUCACAUACAAACACAUACGAAUAUGCAUGUGAAUAGGCACAUAUACGCACCCAGCUUUUUCAUUCCCCCAUUUUUUUAAUGUCAUAAAUUACAGAUAUUUCUUCACAGUUUGCAAAUUGGAGACACUCUGCUUAACGGCUGACUGUAUUAUGAUAGGUGAUUAAAUCAGAAUGCCAUUCACCGCCUCAUUUUGGGACCACCUCAGGACCUCUGCACAUCAUCUGAGAGGGAAGAAAGGAAGGGGCAAGGGAGGGUGAAAACUUGCAAGUUGGACCUUAGUUAUCCAAGUCUUUGUUCCCACACAGUUUCUUACAAGAGUUAGUAUCAAUGAACGGGGUACAGGAAUUAUCAUAAUACUGCAGUAAGGCUCCUUUAAACUAUUCAUAUUCUUAACUUCAUGUCUGUUCAACCUAACCUCACAAGUCAGCCCUGCUCAUGGAAAAUGUAGUGUCUGUGAAAAUUUUCACAGAUGUCCACAGUUGGCCCAUAGUGCUACACUCUUUAAUUCAGCUGGUCCGUUUCCAUCUUUGUCCACAAUGCCAAGAAACCAUUGUUGGAAAAAAAACAAAAAAACAUGUCAUGAAAGGAACAAAACAAUAGGCAGGACAUUUUCA